AUGUCAUCGGAUCCAGAAAAGCCUAAAAUCGACGCGCCUGCCGCGCCGACGGAGGCACAUUCCGAAACACAGGUUGAAGUCGAUACUCUGAUCCUGGAUUACCUCACCUGCAUUGCAAUCGAAAAGAUCCUUACUUUUAUUCUCGACCAAGGCACCGAAACGAGUGAAGAAUUAGACUGGGCCGUCCGACCAGUGCAAGGUUUCCAACGUUCACAAUUUCCAGACCCAGAAGGCGGAUUGCUGACCGAAGACGUUCAAAUCAAGACAAGGAUCCUAGCGGUAGCCGACGGGCUUCGAAAACACACACACACAGAGGCACCAGACCGUAAAGCCCUCCCCGCGCUGGGUCUUGAGUUCCUGGAACUCUGCGCUACCGUAGUCGAAAGGGUCUCCAAGAAGCGCUGGUUCGACGUUGGCGCUCUGUGGAUCUACCUGGCCACGAAGGAAUACCAAUACGGGGAUGAUGUCUCUCCAUCCGAAGAUCUGCUGAAGUUAUGCUCAUGGGUACCAAACGACCCCGGUUUGUCUUUGAGGUGGGCGCAGGUACGCUGGAAGUACGUCAGCGAGCCAUCGAACCCCGGUGAUAUCCCCUACCGUCUCCCCAUCCUUGCCACAACCUCUCGACAGACAUGCAGAGAGUUUCUGUAUGACCUGAUGGCCACACUUGACGCCCCCAUUCUCAUUCAGCUCGAACGAGGCAAGUUGGGUGACCUAACCCGCGCGGAGACCCAAGACCUGCUGAACCGGGUCUUUACCAUGUGA